GCGGCUGGUGUCGGUGCGCGGCGAGCGGGGCCGGGCGCAGGAUGCGAGACGCCGCCGCCGCCCUGCCCCCCUGCCCGCUCGCAGCCAGCGUCCGAGGAGGAGGAGCAGCAGCGGUCGCGGGAGGAGCGGCAGCAGGAGUAGGAACUGCCGCUGCCGUAGCAUGAGCGGGGCCGCGGCUAAGCAGUCCCCCGGCGCGGGGUCCGCCACGGAUCCCGCAGCCGCGGAUAAAGCGGCUGCAGCGGCUGGGGACUCGGUACCGGAGCCGCCGCCGCCGCUGCUGAGUGUGGACGUGACAGGUUUGGUGUCGCAGUUUGCGAGGAGCUUCGUGCUGAUCUUCCCUGUGUAUGUGCUGGGCUACCUGGGGCUGAGCUUCAGCUGGGUCCUCAUCGCCCUGUGCGGGCUCUUCUGGAUCCGCAGGCACCGCGGCGGCAAAACCUCCCGCCUGGGCCGGGCGCUCGCCUUCUUGGAGGACGAGGAGGAGGCGGUGCGGCUCAGCGUCUCCUCCGCAGAUCUGCCGGCGUGGGUACAUUUUCCAGACACAGAGAGGGCAGAAUGGCUCAACAAGACUGUAAAACAGAUGUGGCCUUUUAUUUGCCAAUUUAUAGAGAAACUCUUCCGGGAGACCAUAGAACCAGCAGUAAGAGGAGCAAACAACCACCUCAGUACCUUCAGUUUUACAAAGAUUGAUAUUGGAAAUCAGCCUCUGCGGAUAAAUGGUGUGAAAGUGUACACUGAAAAUGUGGACAAAAGGCAGAUCAUUCUGGAUCUUCAAAUCAGCUUUGUUGGAAACUGUGAAAUUGAUUUGGAGAUCAAGAGAUACUUCUGCAGAGCUGGCGUGAAGAGUAUCCAGAUUCAUGGCACUAUGAGGGUUAUCCUGGAACCACUAAUUGGAGACAUGCCCCUAAUUGGAGCAUUAUCCCUUUUUUUCCUUAGGAAACCUCUUUUGGAAAUUAACUGGACUGGGCUGACCAAUCUUCUGGAUGUUCCGGGACUGAAUGGCUUAUCAGACACAAUAAUAUUGGAUAUAAUAUCCAACUACCUGGUCCUUCCAAAUAGAAUUACAGUCCCCCUUGUCAGUGAAGUGCAGAUUGCUCAGCUGCGGUUUCCUAUACCAAAGGGUGUUCUAAGGAUACACUUUAUUGAAGCUCAGGACCUGGAGGGGAAAGAUACUUACCUAAAAGGGAUCGUCAAAGGAAAAUCAGAUCCUUAUGGAAUCAUCCGUGUUGGCAACCAGAUUUUCCAAAGCAAGGUUAUCAAAGAAAAUCUCAAUCCAAAAUGGAAUGAAGUUUAUGAGGCCUUAGUAUAUGAACACCCAGGGCAGGAGCUAGAGAUUGAGCUCUUUGAUGAAGAUCCAGAUAAAGAUGACUUCCUGGGAAGUUUGAUGAUAGAUUUAAUUGAAGUUGAAAAGGAGCGUCUUCUAGAUGAGUGGUUUACUUUGGAUGAAGUGUCCAAAGGAAAAUUGCAUUUAAAACUGGAAUGGCUCACAUUGAUGCCAACUGCUGAAAAUCUAGACAAGGUGCUAACAAGCAUUAAAGCUGAUAAAGACCAAGCCAAUGAUGGGCUUUCUUCUGCAUUGCUCAUUCUCUAUUUGGACUCAGCAAGAAACCUGCCCAGUAUCUACGAGGGAAACUUUGGGUGUGGAUACUUAAAAGAGAGGAGAGCAUCGGGACUAGUCUUUUGUGAAAACACUACCUCACUCUAUAGAGCACUAUUUCAUAAUCCAUUAGAAUUUAACCCUGAUGGCAUGAAGAAGGCUGCCGUUCAGAAAGCCCUCAAGUCAGGAAAGAAAAUAAACAGCAAUCCCAACCCACUUGUUUUGCUGUCAGUUGGACACAAGGCACAGGAAAGUAAGAUUCGAUACAAGACGAAUGAACCAGUAUGGGAGGAAAAUUUCACUUUCUUUGUGCACAAUCCCAAAAGACAAGAUCUUGAAGUUGAGGUGCGGGACGAGCAGCACCAGUGUUCUUUGGGAAACUUCAAACUGCCUCUAAGCCAGUUACUGGAGAGUGAAGAUUUAACUAUGCAUCAGCGGUUCCACCUGAGCAACUCUGGUCCAAACAGCACUAUAAACAUGAAGAUUGCACUCAGGGUCCUUUCUCUUGAAAAGCAAGCAAGAUCUCCAGAUCAUCAACACUCAGCCCAAGUAAAAAGGCCAUCUCUUUCCAAAGAUGCAAGAAAAUCAUCUUUUAAGCCUCAGGUUCCUGUCUCACCACCAUCUGAUUCAAACAAACCUGCUCCAGCUUCCCCGGUGACUGACAGUGAUAAAAUGAAUGAUACAGCUGAAAAAAGUCAGCCUCCUAAUGCCAGCCCCCAGUGGGCAACAGAUCUCAGCCGAAGUUCCUCCAGUCUUCAUGCCUCUAACUUCUCUUACUCUCCCAGCCACCUCUCAGUCAAGGAGCCCACUCCUAGCAUUGCCUCAGACAUCUCUCUGCCCAUCGCCACGCAGGAGCUACGGCAAAGACUCCGGCAGCUUGAAAAUGGAACAACUCUGGGGCAGUCUCCAUUAGGACAGAUUCAGCUGACAAUUCGUCAUAGUUCACAAAGAAACAAACUGAUUGUGGUUGUGCAUUCCUGCAGAAAUCUAAUAGCAUUUUCAGAAGAAGGAUCCGAUCCAUAUGUGCGAAUGUAUUUAUUGCCCGAUAAGAGACGAUCAGGAAGAAGAAAAACACAUGUAUCAAAGAAGACAUUAAACCCAGUGUUUGAUCAAAUAUUUGAUUUCAGUGUUUCCUUGCCUGAAGUACAGAGAAGAACACUAGAUGUAGCAGUGAAGAACAGUGGGGGUUUCUUAUCCAAAGAUAAAGGGCUACUUGGCAAAUUAUUAAUACCUCUGGCAUCUGAAGAACUUGCUAAAGGCUGGACUCAGUGGUAUGAUUUAACAGAAGAUGGUACAAGGCCACAAGGUGCAAGUUAGGCCCAUGGAUGCUGGGAAUUUCCCACACAUAAUUUUGCCAACCUUUAUAUAUUUUUAAAGCGCUGUUCUCACAGAUGUACCAAUAUUAUUUUUAUAGCUUUACUGAUUUAGUUCUUAAGACACAUCCCCAGUAAUUUUAUAACACUUUGUCAUUUUGUGUAGACAUAGCCUUUCUCCGUGUUAAACUUUGUAUUUUAAUUUGCUCUACAAUUUUAUGUGUUACUGUAAUGUGCAAUAGUACAGUAAAGUAACCUUUUGUGUUUAAAUUGAUCUUUAUGAUGCCUGUACCUGUUAGAAAGUGAAAAUAUUAUGUUCUGCUGUUUUCCUGCCUUGUUUUAUAUCCCACCAAGGUAUGCUGUACCAUGUAAAUAUAUACUAUUUUUUAAUAAUUCUUCCAUGCUGGUUUGAAUUCAGAAGAAAAUUAGAUAAAGGAUAUAGAUAUUUUCUUCUAAAUGCAUGGUAAUUUCUUCAGAUGAAUCUCUUUGGUCUUUGCAGCACAAUGGUCUUAAUGAUUUUUGUGAUAUUCUUCAAAAGCAAACUGCAGAAAAACAUUUUUACUUUAUUGUGUUUCUGGCCCAGUGUGGCUAGCAUAAAAUGUACAAAAUAUUAACAUUUUAGUAUUUAUAUAUAAAUGUAUAAUUGGAAAAUCAUUCUAUAGAAUAUUAUAAACAAAAAUGGUAAUUCUAUAAAUAUUGUAUAAAUAGAAGAUGAGGUCCAUGAAUCACUGUUUCUAAAUGUGAGUUUUCAUUGAAUGGAGUAAACAUAAAAACCAGUACAGUUUUAUUCUACAGGUUCACUUGGAUUUUGUUAUUUAUUCCUGUACUAGAUACGAAACCUUAGAAGGGUAUGAGGACAUGGAUUUUUCUGUAUUAUAAACAAAAUCUCUAAAUGCUUAGAACUGUCCUUAAUGCCAUGUUUCACUGAUUGAUAAGGUAUACAAAUCAGCUUGCAAUAUAAGUUCAUGUAGUAGGCAUAACCACGAGACACAUGUUAAUGUUAUUCUACAAUACUGUGCUAAAUAGUGUAUUAUGCUGUACCUUCUGUAAUACUAAAAUGGAACACCAGGAGGUAAGAAAGUGUGAAACUGGGUUUCAACUGGCUGUGUUUCCAGUUGCUUCAUGGCUACUUAGUAUGUUUGGUGCAUGAAAAAAAAUGCACUUCAGUGGUUCACCCAGGUUUUUUGAGAUAAAAUGGCAUUCUACUGAAGCAUUGCCAUAGACUGCUGCACGACCAGAGCACUGAUAAAAUUAGCACAGACUGAAAAUGUAGACAGUGAGAGUUGAAGUGAGAGUAUCAGCCUAAACAGCUGAGCUCAUAACUCUAAUUUUAUGAAUUACGUGGUUUUUCUUUUUCUGUUAAGUUUUCUCAGACUGUUAUAAAAAUGUGCAUUAAGAAUCCAAGAGAACAGUUCAGCUCUUUCAGAGCCAAUGCCCUCAUUCUUGGAUAAGUAUGCAAUUAGACAAAGUAUAUUAUUUAGCUAAGAUUCUAGAAUGAUCUCUCAGCCACGAAAGAAUUUUAAAGCAGAAUAAUAAACUCCUGAAAUUAGCUUUAUUGUAAGACAGAAUCUUAAUUCUGGAUGUAGAAUAUGCCUACAUUACUAGAUGUACCAAAGUGCCUACCAUAGAUGUAGCUUUUUGUCUUUAUGAAUUGACCCAUUUCAGUUUGUCUAAAUUCAGUUUAACAUGAACAUUUCCCAUGGAUGUGUGUGACAUGCACACAUACACCUCUAUGCAGUGAUGCUCUUCUUAUUGCCACAUUUUAUACAGGACAGUUUUAGCAAAAUUUUGCUGCUGUUACUUUCUGAUGGACUGGGCAAUAGGGGAGACUCUCUGUAAGAAAACAUUUCCAUUUUAAGUCUUUACUCUAUAUUGGAAUGUAUGAGUAUCUAUCUAUAUAUACACACAUGCACUCAUCUGUUCAUAUAAACUGUAAUAUAUCAUGAAAUACAUCUUCUUCUUGCUACUUCUCCAUUAAAAUGUUAAGAAUGGAAAGAUAGAGGAUUAUUGUUAAUGCAGUGAAAAAUGCAGAAAGUGGAAGCUGAUCUAAAUAAGGAUGAUCUAAGUGGAGCAGUAGAGCAUAAUUAUCUUUUGCCUUGGUUCAGUCUGAGGUAGAAGGACUUUUGCUGUACAGCUUGGCCAUUGACUCCCCAGAGUUUGAUCCAUAGCCAACAAAUGGGCUGUUAGACUGAUUCAGCGUUUCAAAUCUUAAGUGGAGCCUGGGGACAGAUGUUAGAAGACUGCACUUAAACAAAAAAAGUGCACAUUUUGUCUUCUAAAGUCUCAAGGGGGGAAAAAUGCUGUGUUUGAGUAAAUGUGAGAUGAUAGCACAAAAUGAAUACCUGAAUAAAGCAUAUAGGACAGGUUUACAAAACAGCUCACAAUCUAAAAUUAGGGGUAGAUGAUUAAGAGAGCCCAGUUCUCACUGAGGAAUCUAAAAUAAAGGUAUUUAAUUGUAAUUACCUAGCAGUAAUUCCCAUUGACUAAAAUAAAUCCUGGAUGCCAAACUCUUUAAAAAUGUUCUGCUGAGUAAAUUUGGAUCAGAAUAUGACUGCCUAGAUGAGAUUCAUUCUUUGAUAGUAGUAGCAAACCUCUGAAUCAUAGUAGAUUCUGAUUGUUCUGUUUAUAUGGAAGUAGGAAGGACAAACAUAACUUUUUCUCUGGGCAAAAGUUCCACUUCAUUAUCAAGUCAAUGUAUUAAUAUCAACUGAUAGCUUUUCAUGUACUUGUUUAUCCUGUGCCUUAAAAUACGAACAUAUGAAGAUGUUUAAGAAAUGGCUAAAACUAAGAUUUGUUACCUGUAUGUACCAACACAUGUUCUCUACUCUUGAAACUGUUUUUAGAAUUACUCUGCUUCACUGACAAGAAAACCAGCUUUCUUAAUUAUAGCAGUGGUAUAACCCGAACUCAAAUCAGCAUGCAUAUCACUUGGAUUUCUACUAAAAGACUUUUCAUUUUCUGUCGCGAAUUCUUUAUCGGAGCUGCAGCAAAUGGUGAGAGUUGAAAUGAGAACAAAGGGUAAUCAAUUUUGUACAGAUUGCCUUUUCUGCUCAUGUAAUUCUACAUUAUGAUGCAUGUAUUUAUUCAAUAAAUGGUUCAUAAGGAA